AUGAAAACUAUACGCGAUCUACCAGUGGAAAUACUCCGCAAAAUAUUUCUUUAUUCCCUUCCUGCCAGGGAUGAAAUGCUGAGGGAGGAGGUGAAACCCAUUCAUUCUGUUCGGGCACCACUCUACAUCUCGCACGUAUGCCGACAUUGGCGCGAAGUGGCUCUUGCGUUCGGAGACUUAUGGACGCAUCUUUGCAUCGACUACGUCAGCUGCAGUAAAUGUUGGAAGAGGGAAGCGAGUCAGAGAGCGCGAUUUAUCUUCACCACGUGGCUCGACAGGACACUCGGCCAGCCACUGAACUUUACGAUCCAUUGCGAACUUAUGGACGCGGAGGAUGAUGAACAUCAAGUAUUCGAGUACAUCAUUACGGAGCUACUUGAAGUACAGGGCCGUUGGCAGGACGUUGAUUUUUACUGGAAUGGCGUCGAAGUCGCUUCACUUCGUGUAAUAAGCUGCGACGAGAUGCCCGCUCUGGUAUCGCUAUCGUUCGACGCUCAUAUAAUUGGGCGUUACAGAAGAUUGAACUACCCAUACAUCAACGUUUCGGGGUCUAAAAAGCUUGCGUUUCUGGAUGUUCAGGGCGUCGACCUGAGCUUCAAUGAACACCUACUAGAAUCAUCGGAUUCAGAGAUGGAAAUCACGGAAGAAACACUAGAAAAAAAAUUGGAAGAAAUGCCGCCCGUCCGUACGUUGGAUCUGCCCGCCUUGAAAUGGCUUUCUUACUAUGGCGGUAAACGCGAAGAUGGAAAACUGAUCUUCACGGGAUUCAUUCGCAAUUCCCUCCCUCCCUUAACGGUCCUAGACGUCACUUCAGCCGCUGCACACCCAAAUACUCUUGUACCAGCUCUGAGACUGUUACCCGCACUUGAAGAACUCCGUAUCCAGAAAUGGCAUGUGAAGACGGAGUUCUUUCAGAAGCUUAUCCCGGGUACGCAUGACAGCCAUAGCCCAAAUUCUACAAUAUGCCCUUCUCUCAGGAAACUCUACCUCCUCAAUGUAAACAUGCCUCAUUAUAGGAUACGAUGGGUGGAUGGCGUAGAAGAAGUGGAAGUGGAUGAAUCCGAAGAUGGAGAAGACAUGGAGGUGGUAGACGAAACCGAGCAGGGGGAGGCAAUGGAAAUCGUGGUCGAAAACAGAAACGAGAACGAAGUCAUUGAUCAUGGGAAUGAAAGCCAAGAUGGACCAUUCGAUGCCGAGUUCGUAGGCGCCUUUUGUGUUAUGGCGGAAUGGCGGCAAAAGUUCCUGAAUACCUUGGGUCACAUAUGGGUCUAUGACGGUGGCAGUUGGCAUCACUUGUUGACCGAAUAUGGAAGUUUCCUGUGCCAUGAUAAAAUCAUAGCAGAGUCGUUCAGAGGGUAUCUUUGCGUUGAGAGUGCCGGUAUUGAGCCUCCGCAUCCGAGUCAUUUGAGAAGGAUCGCAACCUCGCUCCCUAACUAA